UGUGUGGACAACAUAACUGACCAGAGAAAGCCAUAAGAACCAGUUUUGUGUUUGGGAUCCACGAAGAAGGUCGAGGUGUCCUUUUACCUUCUUUAGAAUUUCAGUUGACGCGUAGAAAUAAUAUAGAUGUAUUAAAUUAAAUAGUAUAUUUAUUUAUUAUUAAUUUGUCAGAUAAUGAUGUAUAAAAUUGUACAAAAAUAUUUUGUUGAAGUGAAAUACUUAUUCAGUCGUGCAUUUUUCACAAUUAAACAUACAGAAGCUGAUACCACGAUUGUCAAGCCUUUUACAAAAAUUCCAGGUCCCAAGGGUUUGCCUCUUUUAGGGACUUUACACAAAUAUCUUCCAAUUAUAGGUGAAUAUGACAAUGAGAGAUUGCAUAUUUCAGGAAAUAAAAAAUUCGCCUCCUACGGGCCACUCGUAAAAGAAACCAUUCUGGGUCAAACAAUAGUUUGGGUUUUCCGACCAGAAGAUAUAGCAGAAAUUUUUAAGUCUGAAUAUGGAAAAAUUCCUGCAAGAAGAAGUCAUCUUGCACUUUACAAAUACAGAACUGAUAGAAAGUCAAUUUACAAAACCGGAGGUCUUUUGCCCACAAAUGGUGAAGAAUGGUUAAGAAUACGAAAGGAAUUUCAAAAAUCACUAAGCAAGCCACAAGAAGUUUUAAUGUACCUUAAUGGUACGAAUUCUGUCAUGGACCAAUUUUUAAAAUUGUCGAAAAAGAAAGACCACGAGGAUCUUUUUCCACUUUUGUCUCGACUUUAUUUAGAAUUGAUAUGCAUGGUUGCAUUUGACGAAAAAAUGGAUAGUUUCUCAGAAGAAGAAAUGCGAGAUGAUUCCAAAUCAUCCAAAUUAAUUGAUUCUGCUUUAGUUACCAACAGUGCGAGUUUACGAUUGGAUGGCAUGUUUAGGCUGUGGCGAUUUUUCGAUACCCCUCUUUAUAAAAAAUUGUGCAGGGCUCAAGAAUUUAUGGAAUCAAUUGCUGUGGAUAUGGUUCACAAAAAGAAAAAGAAAUUAAGUAAUUUAUCGAGUGACCACAAAUUAUCCCUUUUGGAAACAUACCUGAUGAAUCCAGCUUUGGAUGAAAAAGAUGUUGUGGGAAUGGCCUGUGAUAUGUUACUCGCAGGAGUUGACACUACGACCAACAGCACAGCGUUCGCUUUAUAUCAUUUGGCAACAAAUCCAAAAGCACAGGAAAAAUUACAUCAAGAAGCUUCCACUUUAUUACCAAAUAAAAAUGAUCCUGUUACUGCUGAAGGAUUAAAAAAUGCAAAUUAUGUAAAAGCAGUUUUGAAAGAAACCUUUAGAUUAAACCCUAUUUCAAUUGGAAUUGGGAGAAUCUUACAAACCGAUGUCAUUCUCAGUGGAUUCAAAGUUCCGAAAGGAACAAACGUGGUGACCCAAAAUCAAGUAAUUUCUCGAUUUUCGGAAUAUUUUAAUGAUCCAGAUUCUUUUAUACCUGAACGUUGGUUAAAGAAAGAACAUUCAAAACACGCUUCCAAAGAAAAAUCAAUUCAUCCAUAUGCAGUAUUGCCUUUCGGACAUGGUCCUAGAUCUUGUAUCGCUAGACGAUUAGCCGAACAAAAUAUGCAAGUCUUUUUACUAAGGAUCUGCAGAGAUUUUAAAUUUUCCUGGCGAGGUGGAAAACUCGGCUGCCAAUCUUUACUAAUCAAUAAGCCUGAUGCGCCUAUCAAUCUGAAACUUGAUGAAAGAUAAAAGUCUCAACGAAAUAAAUCUAAAAUACUCUGUGAUUUACAAUAAAAGUGAAUAAAAAAAGUCUGAAUUCUA